AUGAGCAGCUCCUCAUACUGCCCAGCAUACUGGAUAACCCUUCUCGCCAUACUCCCACUCACACCAGCCUCAUACACAGCACCCACCAACGCAUCCGUCACCUCCUUCAUCUCCCCUACCGUGACGCCUUGCUUCCCCAACGGUGCAGCAAAUACCCGCCUGCGAGCCCUACUCUCCCGCUGCUCCGCCUACCUCGGAGUCGAUGGACCCCCACCUUCACUGGCAACACCAGCACCGCCAUCAACCACCGCCGCCGCACUGGCACUACCACCAGCGCCAUCAACCCCACCAGCUGUCCUCCGACUACCAGAUGGCAAUUCACCACCACCUGCCACCACCUUCCCCCCCUUCCCAACCGCCACACCAGGCGAACCCAGUUUCAGGCGCUUCCCAUCCUCGCCUCCACUGCCACUGGACAACAAGUCCACUGACUCCUUCCUCAUCAUCAUCCCUCCAGCCCGAGCCACCGACGAAUCGGUGCUAAUCCCACCAUCCGAGGUCCCCCCACCUCCUACACUCCCCUUCUUCCCCUUGCUCCUCUUCACCAUACCAAAUUCUCCUUUCCAAAGCUCCUCCGUCUAA